GCAAGCCGCCUGGGCCCUCCCGGGGCAGGGCCGCCCGGGGGGUGACGGGAAGGGAGGCCGGCCGAGUGCCCGCGAGUCCGGGCUCCAGGCGGGAAGUGGGUGCGACGCGGCUGCGGGGCGCGCGGCGGAGGCGGCGGUGGACCAGGAUGGGAGCGGGUCCCCCAUGCUGCCCUCCGCCUCUGGAGCCCCACUGAGCUGGCCUCGGAGACCCUGAACGGGAAAACAAGAUGUGUCUGCGCCUUGGUGGCCUGAGUGUGGGUGACUUCCGGAAGGUGCUGAUGAAGACGGGGCUGGUGCUGGUGGUACUGGGCCACGUGAACUUCAUCGCAGCCGCUUUGCUCCAUGGCACCGUGCUGCGCUACGUGGCUGCCCCCCACGAUGCUGUGGCUCUGCAGUACUGCGUGGUCAACAUCCUCUCUGUCACUUCUGCCAUCGUGGUCAUCACCUCGGGCAUUGCAGCCAUCGUGUUGUCACGCUACCUCCCCAGCAUCCCCCUGAGCUCCAGCCUGUGCCUCUGGGGCAUCUCACUUCUGUUCUGCGUGGCAGAAAGUGUGUUCGCUGUGCGAUGUGCCCAGCUUGCCCACCAGCUGCUGGAACUGAGGCCCUGGUGGGGGAAAAGCAGCCACCACAUGGAGGAGACCCAGACACAGAUCCCACAGCCUGGCAAGCCGCCUGUCUCUACCGAUGCAGGAGAUCCUACAGCCUGUGGAGGGCCAGGACCUGCUGAGCUGCUCCAGCUCUGGGCCGCUGACACUCUGAUGGCUGACGCCACACCCAAACCACUGGGGCCCUGCAACCAAGUCUGCACUGUGACCAGGCCAGGAGUCCUGGAGCCAGCCCAGGAGGACUCAGUGGCCAUUCCUGGACCUGAGUGGGGAUUUUAACCUCCCCGCUCCCGGUCCACCCAGCCCAUGCACUGAAACGAGACUUUAUUCUGAAGUUAUUAAAAAGAACAGAGAUGCUCCACAAGGAUGCAUGCAGCGGGGGAGGGACUCGGCCAGGGGUUCUGUGCUUCUUUCCCACUCAGGAUGCUGGGGGGGGGGGCAGGGCUCCAGGGUGUGUCUGCCCAUCUAACUGUGGGCUUGUGUGUGUGUGUGUGUCUGAGGGAGGCAAACUGCACAGAGGGGUCCAUGGGUCUGUGUUCAUCCAAGUGCUGAAAGACAGGCCGGCAGGGGGGGCGGGGGGGGGCGGUGCAGAGGACUCAGGGCUGGCUGCGGGGAUCAGGAGGUUUUCCUUUGGCAGCAUAACCUCCAGGCCAACAGAAGCUGAGCAGGAAGGGCCGAGCCCCUCCUGCAGGAAAGGGUGACUCAAGCUUUUCCCUUACCCCUCCCCGCCAAUCCUCUCCCCUCCAAAUAAAAAGACCUCUCCUCA